UGCCCGUUUAAACGUUAAAUAUAUUGAAACGUGGGUUUGACCUGCCUUUGAAUUAAUUUAUCCAAGAUAAAAAUUACAGAUAAGUUAAUAUUGACUUAUUGUUACAUAAAAUAACUAGUUUGCCCAUGGCUCAUGGUGACUAUUUAUUAAAAAAAAGUAAAUCACUUUCCAUCGAGUGUUCAAAAUGGAUAACCGAUUGCUUGUCACAUUCAUCAUUCUUUAUCAUACCGGAAGUCUCUUAGCUCGUUCUGUAAUAGAGCCAAGAAAGACGUCCAGUCAGAUAUCGAAUUGGAUAGUGUUUAUUGGCAUUAAAAAUGACGCAUGCGCAGGCGUACAGCUCAGCAACGAGUGGAUUCUCACGCUUGGAGAAUGUGUUAACUCAAAAAAGUUGUCAAAGUUAAAAGUUGCUUUUCCAAAUGGAAAGAAGAGUAAAGUGCUUACCGAAGAGAGGAGUCCGGUGGGUGACGAUUUAUUGGUACUUCUGAAAGUGGAGGCCGACAAAGGUGUCACGGACAAGUUCACAGACUUGGCUUCAAGCUCAGUUCCGAAAAAUUAUGUAUUUGAAUUGUACAACUUUAAUGCAAAAGGCGCUAUUUCCGGAUAUGACGUCAAGUUUGUGCAAUCAAAAGUGUGUACAAAGGAUGACCGUCUAGGCAGCACAUUCAAAAAGAAACAACACACAUGUAUGAAAGCUGAUGUCAAUCGAAAAAAUUUAUGCGUUCCGGGGUUUCCUGUAUUUGGCACUAAGAAGAAAAGUACAAUUUUACAAGGUCUUUCUACAACGGGCGACAAGUUUUGUGAUUCGGAAGUUCAGUCAACAGUUACUAUCAGCAAGCACAAAGACUGGAUAGAAAGUGUCAUUUACGAUUGUGGUUCCCCACCAAAGAUUGAAAAUGGGAAAGUUUCCCUUGAUAAGAAAUCACAGACAAGUAUUGGUGCAACAGCAAGUGUCAAAUGUGAAUCUGGAUAUGAAGCUAAAGAGUCGACUAUAACAUGCGAAUUUCCGGGAGAAUGGCAAUCAGCAAUGUGUGAACCGAUAGAUUGCGGACAACUCCCAUCAAUAACAAACGGUACUGCAACACUAGAUGUUCCUAGCACGUCUACAUUCGGGGCCACGGCAAGUGUCGAUUGUACUACUGGAUAUGAAGCAAGCAAAUCGACAAUUUCUUGUAAGGAAAACGGGAAAUGGAAUAAGGCAACAUGCACAAUUAAAGACUGCGGACCACUGUCGUUAAUUACAAAUGGCACUGCUACACUAGAUGUUCCUAGCACGUCUACAUUCGGUGCCACAGCAAGUAUCAAUUGUACUGCUGGUUAUGAAGCCAGUAAGACGUCAAUUUCUUGCAAGGGAAACGGGAAAUGGACUAAGUCAAGCUGUAUUAUAAAAGAUUGCGGGCCACUCCCGACAAUUAACAAUGGCACAGCUACACUUGAUGAUUCUGGGACGUCUACAUUCGGGGCCACGGCAAGUAUCAAUUGUAUGGGUGGAUAUGAAACCAUCAGUGCGUCUAUAUCUUGCAAUCAAAACGGAGAGUGGACCAAUGCAACAUGCACUAUUAAAGACUGCGGAGUACUUCCGUCAAUUACAAACGGUACUGCUACACUUGAUGAAGCGUCCAUCUCUACAUUUGGAGCAACUGCAAGUGUUAGUUGUAGUUCCGGAUAUAAAGCCGACAAAAAAUCAAUUUCCUGCAAGGAAAACGGAAAAUGGAGCAAAGCAACAUGUAAAAUUAAAAAUUGCGGCUCACCUCCUUCAAUUAGUAACGGUGUUGUUACACUUGAUGACGCAUCAUUGACUGAAUUCGGAGCAACUGCCAGUGUUAAUUGUUCAGCGAAUUAUGCCGCCGACAAAUUGUCAAUUUCUUGCCAAGCAAAUGGUAAAUGGGACAAGGCGACUUGCACACUUAAUGGCUGUGGUUCCAAUGUUACUGUUCCCAACGGCAAUGUGACGAUUUCAUCUACUACGUUUGGAUCAGUUGCAAAUAUAAGUUGCGAUAGUGGAUAUGAUGCAAACAAAGUGUCUAUAGAAUGUCUUAAAAAUGGUUUGUGGGAAAAACCUACAUGUACCAUUAAAGAUUGUGGCUCUAAUAUAACGGUCACCAAUGGCAAUGUGUCUUUUUCAUCUACUACAUUUGGUUCGGUUGCAAACGUCAGCUGUGACAACGGCCACGAUGUAGAUAAAGGUUCAAUAAGAUGUCUCGCAAGUGGUAGCUGGGAAAAACAAACAUGUACUAUCAAAGAUUGUGGUUCUAAUAUAACGGUCACCAAUGGCAAUGUGUCCUACACGUCUACUACAUUUGGUUCGGUUGCAAACGUCAGCUGUGACAACGGACACGAUGUAAGCAAAGCUUCAGUACGAUGUCUGGCAAGUGGUAACUGGGAAAAACCAACAUGUACCAUCAAAGGUACAGCUUUAUAA